AGGGCAAACUGGUGAACACAGAUCUGCUGGAACGAAACAAGGGAACGUAGUAGUAAAGAAGGAACAGAGAUGUUGUUUUUACUGUGGAAAGAAGGGACAUAUAAAGAAGAAUUGCAGAGAAAGGAUCAGGUAUGAGGAAAUAUUGAAAACGGAAUAGGAGAGUCAGGGGCUCUAUAUCUUAGGGGACCGGAGUCAUCAUGAGCCCUUGAUAAAAUUAAAAAUAGGUCCCCAUAAACAAGAGUUCACCUUUUUAGUAGACACUGGGGCUGAAAAAUCAACUAUUAAGCAAAUACCUGAGGGAUGUAAAGUUUCCCCUGAAAAAGUACAAGUAAUUGGGGCAAAAGGAGAACCCUUUAAAGUAAGCAAAAUCAAAAAUGUGGUAUUCGAAACUGAAAAUAAAUUUGGAAUGGGUGAACUCUUGCUCGUCCCUGAAGCAGAAUUUAAUCUGUUAGGACGAGAUUUAAUUGUUGAAUUGCAAUUAGAAAUUAAAGUGAAAAAUCAAGAGCUAACAGUAUCUGCUUAUCCUUUGACCGUGGAUGAUCAAAAACAAAUUAACCCCGAUGUCUGGUACUCUCCAGACACAAUUAGUAGACUGGAAAUCCCACCGAUUAAAAUUCAAAUUUCCGAACCCCACAUACCUGUGAGGGUAAGGCAAUAUCCUAUAUCCCUAGAAGGACGGAGAGGAUUAAAACCAGAAAUUGAUCAAUUGUUAGCACAAGGAAUCUUAGAGCCUUGUAUGUCACCCUUUAACACCCCCAUUCUGCCUGUAAAGAAACCAAAUGGGAAAUAUCGGCUUGUACAUGAUUUAAGGGAAAUAAACAAAAGAACUAUCACCCGGUUCCCUGUAGUAGCAAAUCCAUACACACUGCUAAGCAAGCUAGGACCCCAUAACUCCUGGUAUAGUGUGGCUGAUUUAAAAGAUGCCUUUUGGGCCUGUCCACUGGCAGAAGAAUGCCGUGAUUAUUUUGCCUUUGAAUGGGAAGACAUAGAGACAGGCCGUAGGCAGCAAUUGAGAUGGACCGUGCUCCCCCAAGGCUUCACUGAGUCCCCUAAUCUGUUUGGACAGGCCCUGGAAGAGCUCUUAAAAGAAUACCAGGUACAAACAGGAAACGUACUGUUACAGUAUGUAGAUGAUCUGCUCAUAGCAGGGAAUAAUAAGGAGGAUGUAAGGAAAGAAAGCAUUCGACUCCUAAACUUUCUUGCACAAAAGGGACUACGGGUAUCACAAGAAAAGUUACAAUUUGUGGAGGAAAAAGUGAAAUACUUGGGGCAUUAUUUGUUUAACGGCGAGAAGAUAUUAGAUCCAGAGCGCAUUAAAGGAAUUCUGGAAUUACCUAUGCCUGUCACUAAGAGGCAAAUUCGGCAGGCAUUAGGGCUAUUUGGGUAUUGUAGGCAAUGGAUAGAGAACUACAGCUUUAAAGUUAAAUUCUUAUAUGAACAACUGUCUAAAGACAAAAUGCCCAAGUGGACCCCUCAGGAUCAAGAGCAGUUUGCCAGUCUCAAAAGGGAGCUAAGCCAAGCACCGGUUUUAAGCCUACCAGAUUUAAAGCGGCCAUUCCAUUUAUUUGUUAACAUACAUGAAGGAACGGCAUUCGGAGUAUUAACUCAGGAAUGGGCCGGACAAAAGAAACCGGUGGCAUACCUAUCAAAGCUGUUGGACCCUGUGAGCAGGGGUUGGCCGAGUUGUUUACAAAUCAUUGUUGCUGCUGCCUUAUUACUUGAGGAAACGAAUCGCAUUACCUUUAAUGGAGAAGUUGUCUUAUAUGCGCCUCAUAAUAUCAGGGGAGUGUUACAACAAAAAGCAGAAAAAUGGCUUACAGAUAGCCGAUUAUUAAAGUAUGAGGGAAUACUUAUAGAAUCCCCUAAACUAUCUUUGAAAACUAUUGGAGCAGUUAACCCCGCUGAAUUUUUGUACCCAGGAGAAGGUAAUGAACUAUUGCACAAUUGUUUUCAAACAAUUGAACAGCAGACACGCAUUAGGCCAGACUUAGAAGAAGAAGAACUACAAUGUGGAGAAGUAUUAUUUAUAGAUGGGUCAUCACGAAUAGUGGAAGGUAAACGAUUGUCCGGAUAUGCCAUCGUUAAGUUGGAAAAAGGAGAAUUUAAGACAAUAGAAUCAGGCCCCCUGAGUGCCAGCUGGUCGGCUCAAGCCUGUGAACUAUAUGCAUUGUGGAAAGCAUUAGUGUCACUGAAGGGAAAGGAUGGAACUAUAUAUACAGACUCACGCUAUGCGUUCGGAGUAGUACACACUUUUGGGAAAAUAUGGGAAGAAAGAGGAUUCGUUAACUCACAGGGAAAAGAACUGAUACACCCGGAAUUAAUUCGGCGAGUUCUGGAGGCAUUAAAAAUGCCGAAUAAAAUAGCAGUUGUACAUAUAAAGGGACACCAGCGAGGUACAAGUUACCAAGUUAGGGGAAAUAAUGCAGCUGAUACAGAAGCAAAACGAGUGGCAGGCAAUUAUAGUACGAUUUUAACUAUACAACAAAUACCUGUUAGUAAAAAUUUGAGUUUUGAGUCUGCAGAAAAGGAAAAACUAGAACAAAUGGGAGCUAAGGAACAGGAUGAAACAGCUGUCCGGACUGCUGAGCGUGGAUGGACUCAUGCUAGUCGCAUUAAAGGCCCAGUGACGAGACCCCACUGGAAAGUAAUCAGUACUCCAGUUAAAGCUGCAAAGUGGGAAGCCUAUGUAAACAGGCAGAAAGCCCGAAGCAGCUGUUCUCCUGAAGAAUUCCCUUGCUGCCGAGAAGAUGGUACACCCCGUGGCUCGAAGCAACCGAGUCGACGGGCAAGGCAGAGGAGGAACAAACUGUGGAGAACAGAACCAGAACAAUGGGACACUAAAGCAACAAUGGCCGAACUUCCCCAGGACUGGUAAAAAUAUACUUAAAUUAGCAAAAUUGACAGACACCCUUUUUCCUGGUAUACCGUUAGUUUUGUUAUUGAUAAUAACCCAAGCAAAUGGAAACCCUCAUGAA